CCCCAACCUCCGAGUAUCAGGGACACUCCAACCAACUGAACGGCCAGGACGUUCUCCGCUUUCUGCCCGGCUCCCCCUGGCUUCUCUCUCUCACACUGGGCUCUCCCGGUCUCCUUGGCUCCGCUCAUUCAUUCCUUCUCCCUUCUCCCCUCCUAUCUCUCCUUCCUUUCCCCUCCCUCUUCCUGCCCCCUUUCCUCUCUCUCCUCCGCUCCCGCAUUUUCCUUCGGCAGCCGCCGGAGGCUCGGGCACCAUGCUCCGGCUCCUCCACUUGCUGCUGCUCCUGCUCCUGCUGCCUCCCCCGGGGUCCCCCGAGCCCCCGGGCCUGGCCACGCUGUCCCCCGGGGCGCCGCCCCAGGCUCCCGACUUGCUCUACGCAGACGGGCUGCGCGCCUACGCGGCGGGGGCCUGGGCGCCGGCUGUGGCGCUCCUGCGGGAGGCGCUGCGGAGCCUCGAGGAGCUGGGCCGCGCGCGGCGGGACUGCGGGGCGCGCUGUGCGGCCGAGGCGGCGCUCCCCGACGCCCCGGGCCCGGACUUCCCGCCCGGCCCGGCUGCCGGGGCCUGGGAGCGGCUGCUGCUCCGCGCCGCGCUGCGCCGCGCCGAGUGCCUGAGCCAGUGCGCGGCGCGGAGGCUGGGGCCGGGGGGCGCGGCGCGGCUCCGCGUGGGGGGCGCCCUGCGCGACGCCUUCCGCCGCCGGGAGCCCUACAACUACCUGCAGAGGGCCUACUACCAGCUGAAGAAGCUGGACCUGGCAGCCGCCGCGGCUCACACCUUCUUUGUAGCAAACCCCACGCACCUGCAGAUGCGGGAGGACAUGGCUAAGUACCGACGGAUGUCUGGGGUUCGGCCGCAGAGCUUCCGGGACCUGGAGACGCCCCCACACUGGGCAGCCUAUGACUCAGGCCUGGAGCUCCUGGGGCGCCAGGAGGCAGGACUGGCACUGCCCAGGCUCGAGGAGGCCCUGCAGGAGAGCCUGGCUCAGGUGGAGAGCUGCCGCGCUGGCUGCGAGGGGCCUGAGGAGCAUCAAAGAGAGGAAGAGGAGGAAGGACCUGGGAGCCAGGGGGGUCUCUAUGAGGCUAUCGCCGGGCACUGGAUUCGGGUCCUGCAGUGCCGGCAGCGCUGUGUGGAGGAAACAGCCACGCGCCCUGGUCGAAGCUUCCCUGUCCCCGACUUCCUGCCCGGCCAGCUGAGGCGGCUGCAUGAGGCCCAUGCUCAGGUGGGGAAUCUGUCCCAGGCUAUGGAAAAUGCCCUGAGUGUCCUGCUCUUUUAUCCGGAGGAUGAGGCCGCCAAGGACGCUCUGAACCAGUACCAGACCCAGCUGGGAGAGCAGAGACCUGGCCUGGGGCCAAGAGAGGACAUCCAGCGCUUUGUCCUUCGGUCCCUGGGCGAGAAGAGGCAGCUCUACUAUGCCAUGGAGCACCUGGGGACCAGCUUCAAGGAUCCUGAUCCCUGGACUCCAGCAGCUUUCAUCCCCGAGACACUGAGAGAAAAGCUCAGAGAGGAUCAAGAGCAGCGACCUUGGGACCAUGAGCCUCCACAGCCGAAGCCCUUGACUGACUGGAAGGAUGUCCUCCUCCUGGAGGGGGUAACCCUGACCCAGGAUGCAAGGCAGCUGAAUGGGUCGGAGCGAGCGGUGCUGGACGGCCUGCUCACCCCAGCUGAGUGUGGGGUGCUGCUGCAGCUGGCCAAGGAUGCAGCUGAGGCUGGAGCCAGGUCUGGCUAUCGGGGCCGCCGAUCCCCUCACACCGCCCAUGAACACUUCGAGGGGCUCACGGUGCUGAAGGCUGCACAGCUGGCCCGUGCUGGGGCUGUGAGCACUCGGGGUGCUAAGCUGCUCCUGGAAGUGAGCGAGCGUGUGCGGACCUUAACUCAGGCCUACUUCUCCCCGGAACGGCCCCUGCAUCUCUCCUUCACUCACCUGGUGUGCCGUACUGCCAUCAAAGGGGAGCAAGAGCAACGCAUGGACCUGAGUCACCCCGUGCAUGCCGACAACUGCGUUCUGGACCCUGACACGGGAGAGUGCUGGCGGGAGCCCCCAGCCUACACUUAUCGAGACUACAGUGGACUCCUCUACCUCAACGAUGACUUCCAGGGUGGGGACCUGUUCUUCACAGAGCCCAACGCCCUCACUGUCAGGGCGCAGGUCCGUCCUCGCUGCGGACGCCUUGUGGCCUUCAGCUCUGGCGGGGAGAACCCCCACGGUGUGUGGGCCGUGACUCGGGGCCGGCGCUGCGCCCUGGCCCUGUGGCACACGUGGGCACCUGAGCACAGGGAGCAGGAGUGGACAGAAGCCAAGGAGCUGCUUCAGGAGCCGGAGCAGGAUGGGGAGGAGGAGGGUGACGAGGAGGAGGAAGAAAUGCCCCGCAGAGACCCUUCUCCAGAACCCCCUGGCCGCAGGCCUCAGCGGGUCCAGGACAAGACCGGGAAGCCGCCUCGGGUCCGAGAGGAGCUGUGAGGGGCUGAGCUAGCUCCUCGGGGAUGCGGCCACCUGACUCUGGAAGGGCUGCCUCAGUCCCAGGACCCACACGAAGGCCCCUGUGACAGGAGCAGCACAGCGAGUUCUCUGUCCCUGCACCCCCACUGUUUUGGGGAUCACAAGGGCCAUCCAGCCCUGGGCUCAGAGAACACUGCACACACCAGCCUAGAACUCGUCCGGUCUGAGGAGUCAGGCCUGGCCCCAGCUGAUGGACCUGCAGCCCUAGGGCAGACCGAGGGCAUGAUGCCUCCCUGGGAAGAAGUGGCCGGGGCAGGGCCUGACUGCUUCAGAUGAGGAGGAUGAGAGGGGAGAGUAAGCCCCGCCCGCUCCCAGCCUGUCAAUAAAGAACGUGAAGACCCUCA